AUGCCAAAUUUCUCCAAUCUAUUACAAACUAUUGUUCUUAAUAAUUCAUGUGCCUCUUUAGCUUUCUUUGAACAUUGGAUAGGAAUGAUAUCACCAAACUACUUAACACCAUCAAUUGAACGAUUGGUUAUAAUCGAAACAGAAUAUUAUACGUAUGGCAUUGUCUAUCUAAUUAAACAUUUAACACUUGGCAACACUUUACAAUAUAUUCAUCUUGUAUUCGAAUAUCCUGAUGAUGACUACAUGCACGUUCUCGUCACAUUCGUUAAAACUCAGACAUCGGUUCAUAGCAUGAUACUUGAAGUGGAAAACGGUCAUCGUAAAUUUACAAAAGAUAUAUACUCACAUUUAUUAGAAAUGAAACCUUUCUUUUGGUCACGUGCUGUUCAAUUGACUUUGAGUGUGCAAUAUCCAUUUGAAAUUAUAGUCAUUCUUCAAAGUGGUGCUAUACCACUUCUUGAACAUUUAAAUAUAACAUUUGAACAAGAACAAUUCGAAGAAAAACCUUAUUUACAAGAGAAGCAACCAGACAUUCAAUUCUGUCAAUCUGAUAUUCGUCGAAUGACUGAUGCUACUAGACUUCAGUCUCUUCUAUUACGUCAUUUGGCUCUCAAUCAGCUUAUAAUACUACUCGAUUCUCUCAAUAUGCCUUUAUUGAAGAAAUUAACGCUUGUUGAUAUAUUCGAUGAAACACUUGCAAAUCUUGAUGAAUUUCGACGUGUUGUUGAUCACAAUCAUUUGCCUGCUUUGAAACAUCUUUACUUUCUACUUUGUUUUCCUGGGAAUUUCAAUGAAAUAUUAAACAUUUACUUGAUGAAAUAUGGCAACAUAUGGCCAUUCAAUAAUAUUGGUUAUCAUCUCGACGAGCAGCUUAUUUCCGAAGAUUGUAAUGGGAAAACUCUCAUGAAAACAGUUCUUCUCUUUUACACGCAUCCAUUUGAUAUAUUACAACAAUAUAUACGUACUGUACACAAUCAUUCGUUUACGAAACAUUCAAAUAUUAUUCAACAGCGAUCAAUCGAAUGGAUCUGUAAUAAGAUAGAUAGUUUGAAUCAAUUGAGCACUACUUUAAAUAUUUUAGCUGGUGGUCAUUUGAAGACACUUCACUUACAUUAUUACAAGAUGAAGACGCCUAUUAAAUUGAAUGUAACCAAUUCAUUAUGGUCUGAUAUAUAUUUUCAUCGAUUGCGCUCUGUAACUUUCACCUUCGAAUAUAAGUCGAUGAAACGAUCACGACGCGUGUACAUUAUCGAUCAUAUACUUAAUGUAUCACCUGGGCUAUCAAAUCUCGUUGUGGACUGGAAUGAUUUUCGUUCUUGUUCAUGCCCUAAUACGAAUGUGAGAUAUGUUCAUUUCAUAUUAAAGUCAAAUUAUGAUGAUCCAAAUGCGCACAUUGACGUUAAUCAUCUCUUUCAAUUACUGCCCGGUAUAUGUUGUUUCGAGACAAGUGAUCGCCAUAUAGCAUUCAAUCAGAGUCUCGUCGACUUUGUUCUGAAAAUUAUCAAUACAUUUCAUCGGCUUGUGGAACUGACUCUAAACAAAGAAGGUUGGUUGCCGGUCAAGCCAGAAAAGCAGCUAGCAAUCAAACAAGCAAUACUCGCCGCUGACAACAAGCGACUAUUCGAUUCUAAUACAUAUCAAAUAAUAUUUCCUAUAGGAGAUAAACUUACAAUAUGGUUGUAA